UCAUUCUCCUCUUCUGUUCUCGGUUUCGGAUCUAGUGUUGUUCCAUCUUCGAACAACUAGGGUUUCCGAAUUCCGAUCAAUCGGCGCGGCGAAGAUGUUUGGCAGAGCGCCGCCGAAGAAGAGUGACAGCACCAGGUACUACGACAUCUUGGGUGUCUCCAAGACCGCUUCUCAAGAUGAUUUGAAGAAAGCUUACAAGAAAGCCGCCAUUAAGAAUCACCCUGAUAAGGGUGGUGAUCCUGAAAAGUUCAAGGAGUUGGCACAAGCUUAUGAGGUUCUGAAUGACCCUGAGAAGCGCGAGAUAUAUGAUAAUUAUGGUGAAGAUGCACUUAAGGAAGGAAUGGGUGGUGGAGGAGGUGGGGGUCAUGACCCGUUUGACAUAUUCUCAUCUUUCUUUGGUGGGAGUCCCUUUUCAUCAGGUGGUGGUGGUAGUCGAGGGCGGAGGCAGAGACGUGGAGAAGAUGUUGUUUACCCUCUUAAGGUCUCUCUGGAGGACCUUUACCUCGGGGCAGCUAAGAAGCUUUCCCUCUCGAGAAAUGUCUUAUGCUCCAAGUGCAAUGGCAAAGGUUCCAAGUCCGGGGCCUCCCUGAAGUGUCCUGGUUGUCAAGGAUCUGGCAUGAAGGUUUCUAUAAGACACAUAGGUCCAUCAAUGAUUCAGCAAAUGCAGCAUCCUUGCAAUGAAUGUAAGGGUACUGGAGAAACUAUAAAUGAUAGGGACCGCUGCCCACAGUGCAAGGGUGAUAAGGUUUCCCAAGAGAAGAAAGUACUUGAAGUUUUCGUGGAGAAGGGAAUGCAGAACCAGCAGAAGAUUACAUUCCCUGGUGAAGCUGAUGAAGCACCAGAUACAACUACUGGGGAUAUCGUGUUUGUGCUUCAAUUGAAGGAACACCCCAAAUUCAAAAGAAAGGCUGAAGACCUCUUUGUGGAGCACACCCUGUCCCUCACUGAGGCUUUAUGUGGCUUCCAAUUUGUGCUCACUCACUUGGAUGGUCGGCAGCUCCUGAUCAAAUCAAACCCUGGGGAAGUUGUAAAGCCUGAUUCAUUUAAGGCCAUCAAUGAUGAGGGAAUGCCGAUGUACCAGAGGCCAUUUAUGAAGGGGAAGCUUUACAUUCACUUCACUGUGGAAUUCCCUGAUUCUCUAAAUCCUAAUCAGGUUAAGGAUUUGGAGGCUGCUCUGCCAGCUAAACCUUCAUCACAAUUGACUGACAUGGAGCUUGACGAGUGUGAGGAGACUACACUCCAUGAUGUCAAUAUGGAAGAGGAGAAUAGGAGGAAAGAGCAGCAAGCUCAGCAGGAGGCAUAUGAUGAGGAUGAUGAUAUGCCUGGUGGUGCACAGAGGGUACAAUGCGCCCAGCAGUGAUGACUUUUGUAGCAGAAGUAAAAUCAGAGAAGAUCGUGCUAGUGUUUAUGUUUUUUAGCCUUUAUUUGAUUCAAACAUAAGUAGUAUUUGAUAAGUGAUUCUGAGAAUGUGAACACUGUAAUGCUUGCAUUAUAUAUUUAUGUUGUCGAUUGGAUAAUUUCCAUUCUGGCAUCCUAAAUACUUUAUAUAAUUUGAAUGUCAUAACUGAUUUUUGUUGUCUGCACCAUUGUGCUAAUUAAUAAUAGAUACAUGAUUUUUCAA